UGCGGAAAAUGCAUAGAUAACGGUCAUGUAUUUGUUUUGGAUCCAUAUAUAAUAGUGGGCGUCGGGCCAAGUACAGCAAAAAAGUAGGGACUUUCUCAGCUGGCUUUGCUUCUUCAACCAAUCAAGUCCAGCUCAGAGUCUCUAUCACUUGGGCCUAUCGACAUAUCUCUCAACAUGGAUCUCUCUGUUCUCCUCUUCCUCCUCCUCGCCACCGUCGCCACCACCAUCAAUGCCACCGACCACAUCGUCGGAGCUAACAAAGGCUGGAACCCUGGCAUCAACUAUACCCUUUGGGCCAACAACCAAACUUUCUAUGCUGGUGACUAUAUCUCGUUUAGGUACCAGAAGACGCAAUACAAUGUGUUCUUAGUGAAUCGGACUGGAUAUGAUAACUGCACAAUAGAAGGAGCAUUAGGGAAUUGGACCAGCGGAAAAGACUUCAUUAUGCUGAACGAGACCCAGAGGUAUUAUUUCAUUUGUGGCACUGGCAGUUGCUUGAACGGCAUGAAAGUUUCGGUGGUCGUUCAUCCUCUUCCGUCUCCUCCGAUGUCAGCCGUAGCCGCCGAGCAUUCCUCCAAAAAAUCUGCUGCUCCGGUGGCGGCGCGUGGAUUUGGGUCACUACUGGCUACGAGCUUCGCUUUUUUGGGAUUGACAUUAUGCAGUUCAGUUUGGAUCUAGGGCAAGUUUUGGUCCCUUUUGAUUGAAUUAUGAAACUACCACAACCAUAAGUGUAUCUGCCAUUUUUAUUUUUAUUUAUUUAUGUAUGUUAUUAUUCAUUCACCAAUUGUUCUUUAAUUUCAAGGAAUUUUGUUCUUGCUA